CAAAGCCUGGCGCACAGCGAGAGAGAGAGAGAGAGAGAGAGAGAGAGAGAUGGCGAGCAGCUUGGUUUCUUCCUCGCUGGUGUUGAAGCCAUCCCUCACAGGAGCGUGCAGGCCACAAGCCAAAGGCCUGCCUUCCCUCGCCAGACCUUCUUCUUCGAACCUCAAAGUUAUGGCCAGCAAAGCCAGGAAGAUCAAGACAGACACUCCGUACGGACCUGGAGGUGGGAUGAGCCUGGCCAAUGGUCUUGAUGCAUCUGGAAGGAAGCCUAAGGGAAAGGGUGUUUAUCAAUUUGUCGACAAAUAUGGAGCUAAUGUUGAUGGCUACAGUCCAAUCUACUCUCCAGAAGAAUGGUCUCCUGGUGGUGACGUCUAUGUUGGAGGGAAAACUGGCCUCCUAAUAUGGGCUGUGACACUACUUGGACUGCUAGGUGGGGGAGCUCUUUUAGUUUACAAUACCAGUGCUCUGGCUCAGUAGGAUGUUAAUAACAAGCCUUGUAUUAUAAGUUUUCUCAGAACUUAUAUUGAAAACUAGUAUUUUCGCUGCAAUCUGUAAUCUUUUAUGUGAUAUUGCUCUUUUUGGGACAGGGUUGAAUGCUAUAGCUUAUUAAUCGAUGCCUCAA